AUGAACAAAGUAUCUGACGAAUCUAAACAAAAACCAUUAACAAAGCCGCUUAUUUCUUGCAGACUUCCAAAAGCAUUUUCUCAAGCGUCUCAUAUACUAAAGAAAAAGUCAUAUGAAGAUAUAGAAGGAAUCGAAGAGCACAAAAAAUUAAAAAAAUUACUCUCACCAAUCAAGCUCGGUCCAAAAGAGCACUCAAGCUUGACAAAAGCUUUAAAAAAGCUAGAAAAAAUCCCAAUUAACUAUGACGAUAAAUCCUUUGAACUUUUUCUAAAGAAAAGUAGCAAAAGAAAAACAAUCCUCCCUCAUUGUCAAGUUCAGCUUGAAGAAAUGAUAACACUUAGCCAUUAUCCUUCUCAAUCUCUCAAAGGUAGCAUUAAAAAAGUUCUUCAUGCCCCUACAUUGGCACUUUUCACAGUUAAACAGAUGCCCAUUAGCACUGUUGAAGAAAGAACAAAACUGAAAGACUGGAUUGGACAAUGACAGAAUUUCCAAAAAAAGUGUAAAUUUCUUGUGAAUGUGAGUGCAAGUUUUUGAAACUCGCCAGAAGGGUGCGUAAGUGUUAUUGCUGACCACAUGCAUGGAGGAAGCCUCUCAAACCUUUUGCAUACGCUUGGAGCAAUUCCUGAAAAACCUCUUGCAUAUAUAGCAAAAAAAGUUUUAAAAGGAUUGGCGUUUUUUCAUUGUAAAAACGAAAUAUAUGGAGGGAUUUCUCCUACCCAGAUUUUAUUUUCAAGAAAUGGGCAUGUGAAAUUGAGCCUUGGCUUGACAAAAAGGAGAUCAAAUCAAGUUAUGUCUAUCCCUAAUGAUAUUUAUGCUUUAGGGCAAUUAUUAUUAACAUGUUUGUGUGGGGGUAUCACUAUAACUGAAGAUACAUCGCCUCAGGAAUGCUGCUUGAUGCACUCAUUAGGCUCAGAUCCAUUUAUUGAUAGGCUUUCAAGUAAGGCUAAAAGCUUUUUGUGCCUUUGCUUGCAGCAUACUGCAAGCAGGCGGCCUUCUGCUGUAAGUUUACUGGAGCAUGAAUGGCUUAAUUUGUCGGACUAUCCAGGGCCGCUUGUUGACUUGCCUGAAUUAAUAAGUUUGAACUUUCCUUAUAGCGCUGGUGAAUGCUGUAAGGCUGCAGAAGACCACUUGUCUAGAAUUUGUGAAGCAAUCAAGCUAGUUUUGAUGGGUCAAGCUAUAAGCAAGCCUUCAGAAUCAAUGAUGUCAAAGCUGGCAUUGGAUCUAGGCUUGCCAAUUGAAUCUGUUGAAGACAAAAUACAUAAAGUUUAUAAUGACUCUUUGUUGUGCUAA